CUUUUCAGGGCCCUUGAGUCAGCGCAUCAGCGGCGUGGAAAACAUGUCAGAUGCUUCUCUGGCUUCUCACUCCCAUUGCCAUCAAAGACGUCGUGAGUGAGUUCCCGGCGUGCGCCGCGUGCUUCAUGCACGCGAGGACGCCUGGGAUGCGCCGGCGCGGGCUCCGCGACGAGUGCGCAGGAGCCGCCGCCAGCCGAGCUCGCAAGGGCUCGAGGGCGCAGGCGCGCCGCGACCUCGAGCGCGGCCUGCUGCCAGCGCCACGGCCGAAGAAGGCCUUCGGAGCGCUCGUGGCGCCGACUGCCGAGGUGCGGAGCCGCUGGGCGGAAAAGCUCGGGCUGGCGGCGGACGGCGACCUGGGCGCGAGCGCAGCCGCUAACACCCGCGCGGCGCAGGACGGCGAGGACGAGCGGCCAGCCAGGCGCCAGAGGACGUCCACGGCGGCCGCAGGCGGGAGCCCGGGCGCCAGCGCUGCCGACGGCGUCCUCAUUAUGCCGCCUGCCGAGUCGGUGGCUGCGGCCAUCUGCGGCCUACGGCUUCGCUUCGGCCGAGGAGGCGCGUGCCCGCGGGGCGGCGGCUCGCUCGGCGAGAGCGGCCGCAGCCGCGGCCGAGCGUGCGUAGCGCAGAAUUGCAUAGAAUUCGACUCACCACGGGCAUUUUGCCCUCGCAGAGA